UCUUAAUUUCAAAAGGCUUAUUAGUGCAUAGCAGAAGAGUUUUGUCUCCAUUAGCAUAUCCAAAAAGCGUCUUUUCCCAUUAGUUCCCCAAUUCACAAGGGAAAGAACUAAGAAGAUGAGCAUGGGGACAGCUUUGAGGAUGAUUUUCCUUGUGGUGUUUAUUGGGUGGCUCAUGGUUUGGGUUUUGUUGCCAACAACGAUAUACACACAAGCAUGGACUCCUAAGCUAAACUGCAAGCUCAAUUCAACAUAUUUUGGAGAACAAGGGACAAAUCUUCUGCUUUUCUCAUUUCCCAUGAUGUUCAUAGCCGCUUUGGGCUGUGUUUAUCUCCAUGUUCAGCAGGAAUCAAAAAAAAUUAACUCCAAAAGUGUUGUUAAAAGUCAUCGUUUGGCCUUCUCGAAACGUCCGCUGCUUGUGAUGGCUCCUCUGGGAAUUGUUACUGCAACGGAGCUUGCCUUUUCCGCCAUGUUCAUUGCACUCUUAAUCUGGUCUCUAUUUAAUUAUAUACAUUAUUACACCUUCGAUCACCCCUUUGUGCAUAAAGCAGGCGAGAAAUUGUGGCAAACAAGGUUUCGAAGUGUAUCAUUCAUACUGGGGUAUGUAGGAAACAUAUGCUGGGCAUUUCUCUUCUUUCCUGUGAGUCGAGGGUCUUCAAUUUUGCCUCUUGCUGGGCUCACAUCAGAGUCUAGCAUCAAGUAUCAUAUAUGGCUCGGCCAUCUUUCUAUGAUUCUUUUUGCCGCACAUACUAUCGGUUUCAUCGUCUACUGGGGCACGACUCACCAAAUGGCUGAGAUGCUUGAAUGGAGAAAAGAUUGGGUGCCAAAUGUAGCUGGGGAGAUUGCAUUUGUAUUUGCAAUGGGAAUGUGGGUGACAAGCUUUCCUCGCGUGAGGCGAAAGAUGUUUGAGGUUUUCUUCUAUACCCACCAUCUCUAUGGGUUCUAUAUCUUCUUCUAUGUACUGCAUGUUGGCGCUGCCUACUUCUGCAUGAUCCUUCCUGGAAUAUACCUUUUCUUUAUUGAUCGGUUCUUGAGAUUCCUACAGUCCAGACGAAGGGCUAGAUUAGUCUCUGCACGCAUCUUACCUUGUGACACUGUUGAACUGAACUUCUCCAAGAGCCCAGGGUUGAUUUAUAAUCCCACAAGCAUAUUGUUUUUAAAUGUGCCUAGCAUUUCCAAGCUUCAGUGGCACCCUUUUACAAUUACUUCUAAUUGUAAUAUGGAGCCAGAUAAGCUCAGCAUUGUCAUCAAACGCGAGGGAAGUUGGUCCCAAAAGCUUUACCAGGAACUUUCUUCUUCUGUGGAUUACCUUAAUGUUUCUGUUGAAGGACCUUAUGGUCCUACUUCCUCUCAUUUUUUGAGGCAUGAGUCCUUGGUGAUGGUGAGUGGAGGAAGUGGCAUUACUCCUUUUAUCUCCAUAAUUCGCGAGAUCAUUUUCCGAAGCCAAAGUGAAGAAUUAGAUGUUCCGCCAGUUCUCCUAAUUUGUGCAUUCAAGAACUUGGCAGAUCUCACCAUGUUAAAUCUCUUACUUCCUAUCUCAGACACACACACACAGAUUUCCAAAAUGCAGUUGCAAAUAGAAGCCUAUGUGACCAGAGAGAAUGAGCAGACUUUUACAGAUUCCGAAAAGCACCUCCAAACCAUUUGGUUCAAGUCAGAUCCAUUUGACUCGCCUAUUUCUGCAGCUCUAGGCCCAAACAACUGGUUAUGGCUUGGUGCAAUAAUCUCAUCAUCAUUUGUCAUGUUCCUUCUCAUUUUGGGCAUUUUCACUCGUUACUACAUUUUCCCUAUUGAACAAGAAACCUAUGAGCCUUACCAUUUCACCUUGAGAGCUCUUUGGGACAUAUUUUUGGUUUGUACCUGCAUUUUUAUAGCUUCUAGUGCAAUCUUUCUUUGGUGCAAGAAACAAAAUGCCAAGGAAUAUGAGCGAAUCCUAAACCUGAAAGCUCCAACACCACCAACUUCACCAUGGUCUCAAUUUUAUGUUGCGGAUAGGGAGCUUGAAAGCCUUCCUCAUCAGUCCCUUGUUCAAGCCACCAAGGUGCAUUUUGGUGCAAAGCCUGAUCUUAAGGAAAUUCUGCCUAGGUGCGAAGGAUCAGAUAUUGGAGUCUUAGUUUGUGGCCCAAGGACAAUGCGACAUGAGGUUGCCAAAAUUUGUUCGUCUGGGUUGGCAGAUAAUUUGCAUUUUGAGUCCAUCAGCUUUAAUUGGUGAUGUAUUUGGAAGGACUACAAGCUACACUGGAAGGGGAUUCUUUGCUGGUGGUGCAGUCCCUUGCCGAUGAUGCUCUGAGUUUUGCUGGUUUUGGUAGCUUAAUUUAUUAGAGAUUUGAUGAUCUUUUUUAAGUGUUUCCAUUGAUUAAACUUUUCUCACACUGGACGGGAAGGAAAUAACUUAGCUCAUAAUCUGGCCAGACAUUCUUUAAAUGUUCUUGAUAUUUUAAUGUGGAUAAAGGAUGUUCUACCGCA